UGUAAUUCCAUUCAAUUCAUGAGGGAAAGACCAGAGAAAGACAUCAGGUAAUGCGGGUUUUUGUACUAGGGGUAGCUAGCUCACGGGUACGGGCAGAUACGAUGCUUCAGGUACCUACACAGUAGCCAUUAGGUACAGUAGGUAGUGUGCCUGGUGCUACAGACUAGAUUGCGCCUCCUGUUUAGCCAAGCACCUAUCUACCUACCUACUUACCUGUUUGCUCAUCGCUUGUUCAUCCUCUCUUCACAUGCUUUUCUCUAUUGGACGCAUUGCGCUGUCGAACUCCCUCUCAUAAGGCCCUCUGUGAUUUCGACGCGACGGAUCUCAAGUGCAGCCUCAAGCCUGGUUAAGUCGCCAUGGCUGCCUAUAACGGCACAACACCAUUCUUUCGCGCCCAGCCCGGUGCUAUAGGCUUGUUACCGGAGUCGAGGCAGCCCCAAAAGAUCCGCAAACGCCUUACUCGUCGAUCUAGAGUUAGCACUGCUACUAUUUUCGUGCCCAGCUCAGACGAGACUCCGGAGGAGCACUUCCCUCUACAGACGGUAUACACCCGCACCUCUCAUCCUCGUUUCGUGAACCGUUAUGAUAGCCGCGAGAUACUUCUGGUAAUCGACGGUAGCUGCGUCAAUAACGGUGCCAUCUCACAGCCGCCGGCUGGGGGCUGCAGCUUCACCUAUAAGGGUACCGGCAAGUCGGGUUUAGCCGCCUUUCCAUUCACGGCGGGGCAUGGUGACGGCGGCAUGGUUGGAUUUCCGCUUGAGCAAUCUGGUCCGGGCGGUGAGCAGCACGUCGCUACCAGCAAUCGCGCCAAACUCCGGGCUGUCAUCGCAGGGCUCGAGUUCCGAGAAUGGCAACAAGAGGGGUGGAAGCGCAUUGUGAUUGCUACUGAUCUUGAAUACGUCGUUCUUGGUGCAACGACGUGGCUAGCCAAAUGGGUCAAACGACGAUGGAAAAACCGUAAAGCGCGACAGGUUGCUAACCGGGAUCUAUGGGAAGAACUUCACGGCAUCAUUGAUAGACUGGCGCGCCUAGGAACAGAAGUGUCUUUUUGGCUGAUACCCGCUCGGGGCAUGAUCAAACAUUCCUCUGGUCUGGUACAGGAAACAAAAGAGGUCGCUAGAGCGGCUGCGACGGUCCACUUCGAUGCGUCAGCCCAGGAAUUCACGAGGUUGUGUGGUAUCGAAGUUUGAAUCGUUGAUUGCUUCCCCAGACUGCCCAGAGGUUGAUUCUAGCUUGGCCCACUCACCCAUCGUGGCAUCUAUUCGUGGUAUCGCUCCCCACCAAAUAGACACCGGCCUGAUCGAUUCGCGCUUGUAUUUUAAAAGUUUGGAUGCUGAUACUCGUACCACGCACGCGUUGUGACAACAAGGCGAUUAGCACAGCAAACAAGAUUACCUACCACACAUGGUACUGUCGAGAAGACGGACACCCAAGAAGGAUCAUAGUAUUGUGCAGCACCAAUGGCUUGCUGCCAGGUUGCUUGCUCCUAGUUUGGAAUAGCCUUCGCUACUCCGAGUUUCGAAUGGUUCCCUGGUUCACAAUGGCGAGGCGGUACGUGAGACUUCGCGAUGGCACCAAGCCUCCUCAAUUACAAUCUAAAAGUAUGGAAAUGCUGCUUUUGCCAACAGACAAACAUGCACCAGUAUUGCAGCCCUAAUACAGUUAUCGAAUUCACGCUCACCGAUUGAAACUAAAUCUUACUUUGCCACUUUUUCUUGUUUCUUUCUUUUCAUAUUCAGGUUCGGGUACAGCAGGCGGUGUGCCGUAGCCCGGGAAGAAGCUGUUCUCAAACAGGGCCCGAUCUGCAGGGGUCUUGUUUCAUCCACCUGCAGUUUGAUAAGCCUUCGUCCAUCCCCGGAUAUAG